CAGGGACAGCCGGUCUGCGCGGAGCAUGCGCGCUCUUUGCUCCAGGAAGCUGAACGCACCAUUAAUGAUACAGUAUUAACAGCACUGAGAGCCUCACUCGGAGCCGCUGGUACCGGAGAACUAUCGUCUAGCCUCAGGGGUAGGAGCUGCACCAUGCAGCUGAUGGUAAUCGCAGCCUGAAGAUCAGUGAGUUGAACAGUUUCUAACUGGGUUUUCAAAGUGAGAAUUUGCAGACAGAAAACUCAAACCAAACAACAUGCCAAGAGCUCUCAGUCAUUCAAUUUCUGACAAUCUGAAUAUCAUGACAUUUGAAUUUAGAAUCAGAAAUAUUUAUCUGUUCUGUGAGAAAUAAAUUUACACAUCUGUUUGACUGGAAAUUCAGAUUCAUACAUACCCCAGAGUGAUUGUGUUCCAGUGUGCUGACUGUGGAAGGAGCUUUACCCAGUUACACAGCUUUAAAGAACAUUGCAUCUUUCACACUGGAAGAAACUAUAUCUGUGUGGACAAGGCUUCAGUUGAUCGUCCAACCUGGAGCGACACCAGGAUGAGCAUGCAAUGGAGAAACCAUGGAUAUGUGGGGACUGUGGGAAGGGAUUUGAUUACCGGUCUCGGCUAGAAAUUCAUCGACGCAAUCACACUGGGGAGAAACCAUGGAAAUGUGGGGACUGUGGGAAGGGCUUCAAUUUUCCAUCUUUGCUAGAAAUUCAUCGACGCAGUCACACUGGGGAGAAGCCUUGGAAAUGUGGGGAUUGUGGGAAGGGAUUCAAUUACCAAUCCCUAUUGGAAACCCAUCGACACAGUCACACGGGGGAGAGGCCCUUAACCUGCUCUGACUGUGGGAAAGGAUUCACUGAUUCAUCUCAGCUACUCACUCACCAGCGAGUUCAUACUGAGGAGAGGCCCUUCAGCUGUACUUACUGUGGGAAGAGGUUUAGGCAUUCAGGCACCCUCACAGUACACCAGCGGGUUCACACAGGAGAGAGGCCAUUUAGCUGCACUUAUUGUGGAAAGGGUUUUAGACAGUCAAGCUCCCUCACUGUUCAUCAACGCGUUCACACUGGAAGGAAGCCAUUUGCCUGCUCCAAAUGUGAGAAAGAAUUCACUCAGUUAUCACACGUACUGACACACCAGCGAGUUCACACUGAGGAGAAACCGUUCCACUGUACUUACUGUGGGAAGGGGUUCAGACAUUCAGGCACCCUCACUGGACACCAGAGGGUUCACACUGGAGAAAGGCCGUUUAUCUGUUCUGUUUGCGGGAAGGGAUUCGCUCAUGCUUCUGAUCUGCGGAGACACCAGCGUGUUCACACUGGGGAGAAACCCUUCACCUGUUGUGUGUGUAGGAAAGGAUUCACUGAUUCAUCCGCCUUGGUGAAACACCAGCGUGUUCAUACUGGGGAGAGGCCAUUUACCUGCUCAGAAUGUGGGAAGGGAUUUGCAGAUUCAUCUUCCCUAUUGACACACCACCGGGUUCACACUGAGGAAAAACCAUUCCGCUGCACUUACUGUGGAAAGGGGUUCAGGCAUUCAUGCACCCUCAUUGUACACCAGCGAAUUCACACUAAUAGAGGCCAUUCAUCUGCUCCAAGUGUGGGAAGAGAUUCACUGAUUGGAGUUUGAACUAGUGGCAGCUAGUAGGAUAGGGUUUCAUAAUUAAUUUGUUAUUGUUUCUGGAUACAUGGUUCUUAAAUUAUUAUGUGAGACCAAGCUGUUUGUUAAAUUAUAAUAGGAAUUUGUUUGCAUUGUGAGAGUUUUAUGACUGUACUGAGCAAAAAUUGAAAAGCGCACCUUCCCCCUCACCUCCGUCCAAGGCGCCAAAGGAUCCUUUUCCAUCCAGGAGAGAUUUUCCUGCACAUUGAAACACCUAAUCUACUGUGUCAAUUGGUUUUGAUGUGGUCUCCUCAACAAGGGGGAGACAGAACGCCAACUCGCGGAAUGUUUCAGGGAACAUCUCUGGGAUACAUGCACCAAACGACCCCACCGUCCUGUGGAUGACCAUUUCAACUCCCUCUCCCACUCUGCCAAGAACAUACAAGUCCUGGGCCUCCUCCACCACUGCAUCCAAGCCACCGGACGAUUGGAAGAAACCUUCCUCACCUUCUGCCUUGGGACUCUCCAAAUACAUGGCGUCAAGGUCAACUUCACCAGUUUCCUUAUCUCCCUCUCUCUUUCCCCCCCCGCCCCCCCCUCCAACACACACACACACCCCUCCCACCUCAUCCCAGAUCCAACCCUCCAACUUAGCAAAGCCCUCUUGAACUGUCCUACCUAUCACUCUCCCAGCUACCUUCUCCCCACUCCACCCUCCUAUUUGUGUCUCGGUCCCCUUCCGACCCCAACAUUCCUGAUCAAGGGCUUAUGCCCGAAAUGUCGACUCUCCUGCUUCCUAACCUUUUCCAGCGCCACACCUUUCGACUUUCAAAAGCAUUAGCCUGCUUUUGGUUUAAAGAACUGAAAAUUUAUUUUGUUUUUGCUUGCAUGAAAGUUUCAUAAAUGGGAAAUGUUUGGUUUCAGUUUGCAGAAGACCUGUUUAACUUUAAAUGUAUGAACAGUUUUUCCUGGAACAAGUGCAAAUUCAGAACAAUACGUUACCUCAGAAUAAGUUUGAAUGUUCCAGAUCAGAAUAGUUUGUUUUGAACCCUGAGAGUACUUGAAAUUGAGAAAAUCUAAGCUCAGUUAUGUGAUUAAUUAAAGAAAAAUUAAUCAAACUCUUGACCCCAGAAAUUGAAAGAAACACUUAAGUCAAAUCUAUAGGUGUGAUGGAGAAGAAAACUGACCUCUGGUAUUUGAGUAUGAUAAAGCAAUGACAUUUUGUUGUACUGUGUUUUGAAAUUUUUCAAAUUGUAUGUAAAUAUCUUAGUUUAUUCUAUUUUAUCUUCAUGUCCUUUGCAUAAUGAACUGCUUUGUUGUUUAAACCAAAU